CCUGGCUCAGGGCGGGCCGUGCGGGGGUCUCAGGGCGGGUGACGUCACCAGAGCCGCCUGCCUUCCCUCGCGCUGAGCAUUGGCGGGAGAGCGAGAGACGCUGCAGGCCGUGGGACGAUACCAUGCUGCGCUCAGAGGCGGGGCUGCCGGUGCCGGGCUCGGUGCUGGGACUGCGGGUGACGGCGGUGUGGAGCGACUCAGAGGCCCUGCUGGUGAGAGUGUGGGGGAGAGCCGGGGAGCGGGCGGAGGAGGAGCACCGGUGGCUGCGGCAGGAGAUCCGGGCGGUGGUAGCGGCGGCGGGUGAGGAGCGGGUGUGCGCCCCGGCUGUCGGGCAGUACUGCCUGGUGCAGGAGGAGGAGGCGGCCGGGGACUGGCUGCGGUGUAAGGUGACCCAGCGCCUGGGCCCAGAGUACAGAGUCUACCUGCUGGACCGGGGGGGCCAAGCCACAGCCCUCCCCAACACCCUGCGCCCGGCCCCGUCCUCCCUGUUCCACCUCCCCCCUCAGGCCCUGGGCUGUGUCCUGGCAAACCUGGUGCCCCUGGAGCAGAAGGGUUGGAGCACCCUGGCCCUCUGCCAUCUCCACUCCCUGCUGGGCCAGGAGGUGAAGGGGUUAGUUAAGGAUCUCCUCCUUCCCCUAGGCAUAGUUAUCCUGGACCUGCCGGCCGUCAGCAAGUAUCUUCUGGACUUAGGCCUGGCAAAGUCCCUCCCGGACGCCCUGUUUCGCGUCCUGGUUGACCGCAGUCUCGCCGAGGCGGGUUGCAGUGCCCACUGGCCAGAGAACACUGAGACCCACCAGCCAUCAGGCAACAAUAUGAGCAUCCUGAGACAGGCAGUCCCCUGGCAAAGCAUGGACUACUUCUACCCGCAACUCCAGAUUGGCGUUACGGAGCCGGUGGUGGUGACACAGGUCUCUGACCCGCAGCACAUCUUCUGCCAGCUCAGGAGCCUGUCGCAUGAAGUCCAAAGGCUCGCCGAGGCCAUGGAUCACUUCUACGAGAGUCCAAACGCCUGCGGAGACGCCAAGAUUCAGCAGCCUUUCCCCCUGGGUCGGCCGUGCGCAUCCCGUGGCACAGAUGGACACUGGUACCGCUCACUUCUGCAGGAAAUAAUCCCGGGUAAACAGAUGGCCACGGUAAUCCACGUCGACUGGGGGCGCAGAGAUGUCGUCCCCCUGACCAACUUGCGAAACCUUGCACCAGACUUCUUCCGCAUGCCAGUGGUCACCUUCCGCUGCUCUCUGUACGGAGUCUCCGAUAACUGGGACCCGCCGCUGCUCUUUGAACUCCGCUCUUUUCUGUAUGAAAAGCAUGUCAUUGCUAAAAUCGAGUUCUUCAACACCUAUGAACACCUGUACGUUAUCACCUUGUUUGCCGAGAACGGACUCAACAUAAACUGCUUGUAUGGCAUGCGAGCGCAAAACAUGAAGGUUUACCAGGGGAAACCAGCUAUUACCACAGAGCCUGCUCUUUGUGCUAAAGAUGAUGUCAAGAAUGAUACUCCAAAGGCGCCUCAGCAAAAUUUUUAUGUCCCAGAAUUCCCCACUGUGGAGCUAAAGAUAGGUGCUUUUUAUGACGCGAUGGUGGACUUCGUCAUUGAUCCCUCCAAUUUUUGGAUUCGAACGGAAGAGCAUUCUGCAAAACAUACAGAAAUGGUCGACUGCAUCACCAACAUGUACUCCCAAGCUUCAAAAUUAGAAGGCAUCAUUGUAAAACCUGUCCAAAGACAGCUGUGCUGUGCCAAGUUCAAGGAUGAUGCAUACUACCGGGCUGAAAUUGUGUCCGUUGAUAAAAAGAAGGUGACAUUAUACUUUCUGGAUCAUGGAAAUACAGAUGUGGUAGACUUGUAUGAUGUCAAGGAAUUGCCUGCUGAAUUCAGAGACCUGCCAGCCCUGGCAAAUAGGUGCUGUGUUGCUGACAUCUAUCCAUUAAAGGAUACCUGGAGUCAUGAUUCCAUCUUGGCCUUUAAAGUAGCUGUAUUUGAUAAGAAGCUUGUUAUCUGUGUGGUAGCCAAAGAAGCUGAGAAAUACACUAUUGAGGUUCUGGACCAAUCCAGGAUCGAAGAGAGAAGUGUGGGUAGACUAUUGUGGAACGCAGGAUAUGUAAAUUACGAAGAACUUGAACCAGCUGUCCAGUUACCUAAUGUCGUAAAAGCGGUUGGUGUUGAAUUUGGACAGACUGCAUUGAGCCAGGCUACUGUCAAUCAAGUAUCUUCAAAAGCAAACCAAGAAAUUACUGUCGCUCCUCAAAGUGAAGAUAAUACGGAAGAACUGCAUUACUCCCCGUUUGAAGAACAGUUGUUUGAACCAGGUGCGAGAAUUGAGGUGGUGGUCUCCUAUGUAGAGAACCCUGGCUUGUUUUGGUGUCAAAAUUUAGCCUACCUAUCAGAACUGUCUGCCCUAAUGAAAGUCAUACAGACCCAUUGCUUGUGUGAAGAGCGUCCAUAUGAGAGUGGUGAUCUUGCUUGUCUUGCACAAUGUCCAGAUAAUGGAAUAUGGUACAGGGCCUUUAUCACUGAGAUCCCAAGUAGUAUUUCCAAGGCAGCUCGUGUGGAAGUGCUAUAUGUUGACUACGGAAACAAAGAUAAUGUCCCUGUAGCAAAUCUCCGUGCAAUUAAGAGCGACUUCUUCCAUUUAAAAGCCCAAGCCUUCAAGUGUAGUGUCUACAACCUUGUUACCCCAAUAGGUAGCAAUCCUUUUUAUUGGGAUGUUUACGCUACUAAGGUUUUUCAUGAGUUUGUCCGUGAAGCCUCCAAGUCUGAAUUCCACUGCACAGUUUUUGCGGUUGCAUCACUGGAUAAAAUGUUAUUUAAUAUUGUAGAUUUGUCCAGUCCUUUUUCCAGUUUAUGUGAUACAUUGGUCAAGAGAGGAUUUGCAACUCGCCAGCUUAACAAAACUCUGGCACUAUCUGUGCAACUUCACUCGUACUAUUAUUCAAUGCAUGGCAUUAAAACAGGAAAUGAGGAGGAAAUAUUUGUUACCCAUGUUAACCCAUCUUUGGAAUUUUACUGCCAACUUUCCAGGACUGUGGAGACUAUUGAGAAGCUUUCAUCUGCCAUAAUGAAAGUUUGCCAUAAAACUCGAUGUUUGAAAUUGCCUCAUGACUCUGGGCCUCUCUGUCUUGCAAAAUUCAGUGACCAACAGUGGUAUCGUGGCUUUAUUCGCUCUGACAAACAGGCCACAGCUGAAGUAUUCUUUGUUGAUUUUGGGAACGUUGAAAGAGUGGCUAAAGAAGACGUCCUACCAAUUACUAGUAAUGAACAUGAUCUUAUGUUUUUACCAAUGCAAGCAAUAAAAUGCUCCUUGCCGGACAUUCCAUCUAAUGUUCCAGGUGAAGUUGUGUCUUGGUUUGAGAAGGCUGUACUGUGCAAAGCUUUAAGGGCACUGGUCGUGGCCAAAGAUGCUGAUGGGAAGUUAUCAGUUGAGCUGUACGAUGGUUCUCAACAGAUCAAUGCAACUAUUAAAAGUAAACUUGGCUUGAGAGUGCCUAAAAUUGCAUCAAAUGCUCAAGAGACCAUUUCAAAGCAGAUUGAAGCAAGAAUGCCACUAAUUAAUGUGGACACCAAAGAGAGUAAGGUUAAUUCUAGUAAGGUUAAUGAGUAUAAUUAUACCAUGCAUUCUGAAAUGGGUACAGCAGUGCAAAAGACUGACAGAGGUUACCCAAGGUAUCAAGCAUCUGCUGAGCGUGAAGUUGUAAACAAAGAUUACACUGCUCCAAGGUUUCAAGAUUUCAGUUUAGAAAAACCAUUCAAUAAUGUUGACGCCAGGGAGAGAAAAAGUAACAGGCAAGUUCUACUGCCGAGAGAGUCCAAUAAUGCUGUCAAUUUUGAAAAGCCAACAGCAGCUUACCCCCAAAAAGGACCUGGCACGCAUGGAGUGGAAAACAAAGAUUACACUGCUGCAAGGUUUCAAGAGCUCAAUUCACAAAAGAAAGAAUCCAUGAAUAUUCGGAGAGAUCUACCCAGUAGCUCAUACCAAGAAAGAACAGUGGGUCGAGAUACCAUGCCAAUUGUCCACAAGUGCCCUGCAGAGAGACCAUCCACAUUUGGUCCAUCCAGUAGCUCAUACCAAGAAAGAACAGUGGGCCGAGAUACCAUGCCAAUUGUCAACAAGUCCUCUGCAGAUAGACCAUCUACAUUUACAGAUAAACACAGCUCUUUCUCAAAAUCCCCUCUAACGAAGUUCAGUGAAAUGCCCAGGAGGCAAAUCUUCCCCGGGAUAAAGAUGCCCGUAUACAUUUCGCACUUAAACACUGUAUUUGACUUCUAUGUGCAGUUUGCAGAGGACAGCCAACUUGAUGAGAUUUCAGCACUGUUAAAUGACGAUCGGAGCACGUUUGAGGUCCUUGCUGAAAAAGAUAUCAAUGUAGGAGACGUUGUUUGUGCUUAUUUUGCAGACGAUGAGCUCUAUUAUCGUGCAGUGGUGACUGGAAAAAGCAUACAAGGUUUAAAUGUGCAGUACAUAGACUAUGGCAACACUGCAGUAAUCUCCAACUGUACAACCUAUAGACUUACCCUUAAACUGUGCUCUUUACCUAUAAUGAGUGUUCGAUGCUCUUUAAGCAGACCGGCUGGUGUGGAUCCCACGCCCAGCAUGGACGACUUGCUAAAUGAAUUUUCUAAGCGGACCAGUGACUUCCAGUUAGAUUGCAAGUUUGUGAAACAGUAUGAUCUUAAGUGGGAUGUAAUGCUUAAUGACGAACGUGGAUGUAUUAAUGACUUGCUUGCCUCAUCUGGUCGACACUCGUUAGAGGAACAUAUUAAGAAAGAGGUGGGUGAAAUUACCACUGAAGAGAAACCUGAAGAGGAAAAUGUUCUAUCUAUUAAGUCUUUCAAAUGGAACCUGCCGCUGCCUGGUAAAACGGUGACUGUUUAUGCUAGUGCUGUGGAUAGCCCUGAAUAUUUCUGGUGUCAAUUAUCAACUGCAGAUAUUGACUCCCUGGCUGUAAGAGUGCAGGAGGCAGGAGAACAGUCUAUUAAAGAUGAAGAAUUCAUCGCAGCAAUUCAGAUUGGCAACUCUUGCAACGUGAUGUAUAGCGAGGAUGAAAACUGGUACAGGGCCAUCGUUACCAAACUCGAGGCUGAUCUUGUGACCGUAAGGUUUAUAGACUAUGGUAACGAAGACAGUGUUAGUGUGGAUCAAAUACGACAGCUCUCAGACACACUACUUGAAAUCCCCGCUCAAGCAUUCCCGUGCUGCCUCGCAGGUUUUAAUUCUAAAGCCGGAACUUGGACUUCAGAGGGAAGACAUUUUUUCUAUGACAAAGUUUCAGAAGAUCUGUUGCAGAUAACUGUUCUUGAAGUUCAUGACAAGCCACACCUGAUCCCUCUGGCAUUUGUAAGCAUUAAGUAUAAUGACAUUGACUUUAAUGAGGAAAUGAUAUGUUUUUGGAAAACAGAAGAUACAAUCUUUACUGAAACUGGUCUUGAAGAUGUAAUUAAAGAGGAUUUAGAAGAUCAGCCACCCACUGAAGGCUUCGGUGAAUCACCUGCUACCAGCUUACAAAUCAGUAAUGAAGAUUUACAGUGUGACAAAAUCUGCCCCUCUCCUGGUGAUGAGAACACACAAAGUAGCACAGAUGGGGUGAAAGAAGCAUCAGACUUGCUUCAUUCGAUGCAAAUAGACAUGGCCACACCAGGCUCGGGACCUUCUGUUGAGGGCAGCGCUCUCCAUGAUACUGAGGACUAUGGUUCAAGUUGCCUGGAUAACGGAGACGACAUGGGAGACUUGUCUUCAAAUAUUCCUGCGCAAGCCGCAAGAGAGCGAGAUACAUCCAAUGAUCCGGAUUACGCUGAGAUCACUUCUUCACUUUGUCAAGAAUCGCGGAAUAAUUCUGAGUCUCUGGAGAAUCUGAUUCUUCAGUUCAGUGAGAAAUUGAUUCUGCGUAACCAAGAGGCAGUGUCUGAGGAUUCUACACAGCAAGUUAUGGGAGAUAUGUUUGCAGCGUUGCCUAGGUCACACAGCCGGGACCCACAACGUCACUUCUGCCGGAUGGACUGUUCGCGGAAGUGGACGGACGAAGCCGCAGGCGGCGUGGCUGAGGAGAACACUGGUGGGGUUGGAAAGGAAAGAGACAAGGAUUUGGCUUGUGAAGACUCUAUGGAAAAUGAAGAAAAGGUUGUGGAAAGGGGAAUAACCAUUAAAGGCAUCCUGGAAAGCAUAGAAUCUGCAGGUGGCGAAGACACCAUAGAGAGCAAAGAGGCUGUAGCUAGCAAAUGCACCCUAAAAAAAGAAGCUGACACCCUGGAGAGCAAGAAGGUUGUAGCUGUUGAAUUCACACUUGAAAAGAAAGGGGGAGUAGCUGUCAAAGGCACCCUAGAGAGUAAAGAGACUGUAGCUGGUGUAGACAUUUUUGAGAGCAUAGAAGCUGUAGAUGAGAUAAGGAGCCUGGAGAGUCAGGAGUCUUUAGCUGUUGAAUGCUCCCUAGAGAGUAUAGAGGGUUUAGCAGAGGAAAGAAGCCUGAAAAGCCAAGAAGUUGUGGCUAGUGAAGACAUCUUGGAGUACGAAGAGGCUGUCUCAGACAAAGACACCCAGGAGAAGGAAGCUGCUGUAGUUGGUGAAGGCAGCCUGGAGAGUAAAGCCACUGUAGUUUGUGAAGGCACCCUGGAGAGUCAAAAAGCUGUGAUUGUUGAAGACACCAUGGAGAGUCAAGAGACACUAACUGAUGAAGACAGCCUGGAGUAUGAAGAUGCUGUAGCUGACGAAGACAGACUGGAGUACAAAGAGGCUGUAACUGGUGAAGACAUACUGGAGUAUGAAGAUGCUGUAACUGGCGAAGACAGCCUGGAGUACAAAGAGGCUGUAGCUUGCAAAGACAUCCUGGAGUAUAAAGAGGAUGUAUCUGCCAUUCGUACCCUGGAAAGCAAAGAAGUAGCUGGCGGAGGCACUCUGGAGAGUGUAGAAGCUGUAGCUGGAGAAUGCACCGUUGAGAGCAAAAAGGUAAUAGCUGGUGAAUGCUCCUUUAAGAGCAAAGAGGUUGUAGCUAGGGAAAUUGAUGUUGAAAUUAAAGAUACUAAUGAAGCAGUUAUGGACAGCAAAGAGACUGUACCUAAUGAGGAUGUAAUGGAUGGCAAAGAGGAUAUAACUAACGAAGAUGUCAUGGAAAGCAAAGAGGAUGUAGCUAGCGAAGAUGUCAUGGAAAGCAAAGAGGAUGUAGCUAGUGACGAUAUUAUGGAAAGCAAAGAGGAUGUAGCUAGCGACGAUGUAAUGGAGAGCAAAGGGGCUGUAACUAGUGACGAUGUAAUAGAGAGCAAAGAGGAGGUAGCUAGUGACAAUGUAAUGGAAAGCAAAGAGGAUGUAGCUAGCGACAAUAUUGUGGAAAGCAAAGAGGAUAUAACGAACGAAGAUGUCAUGAAAAGGAAAGAGGAUAUAGCUGGCAAAGAUGUCACUGAAAGCAAAGAGGAUAUAAUGAACGAAGAUGUCAUGGAAAGCAAAGCGGAUGUAGCUAUUGACAAUAUCAUGGAAACCAAAGAGGCUGUAGCUAGCGACGAUAUCGUGAAAAACAAAGAGACUGUAGCUAGCGAUGUCUUGGAAAGCAAAGAGACUGUAGCUAGCGAAGAUGUCAUGGAAACCAAAGAGACUGUCGCUAGCGACGAUAUUAUGGAAAGCAAAGAAGAUGUAGCUAUUGAAGAUGUAAUGGAAAUCAAAGAGGAUGUAGCUAGCGACGAUAUUGUGGAAAGCAAAGAGACUAUAGCUAACGACUAUAUCCUAGAAAGCAAAGAGGAUAUAACGAAUGAAGAUGUCAUGAAAAGCGAAGAGGAUGUAGCUAUCGACAAUAUUAUGGAAACCAAAGAGCCUGUAGCUAGCGACGAUGUAAUGGAAAGCAAAGAGUAUGUAGCUAGUGACGAUAUCGUAGAAACCAAAGAGGAUGUAGCUAGCGAUGAUGUAUUGGAAAGCAAAGAGCAUGUAGCUUACAACAAUGAUAUGGAAAGCAAAGAGGAUAUAACUAUGGACGAUGUCAUGGAAAGCAAAGAGACUGUAGUUAGCAAUGACACCAUGGGAAGCAAAGAGGCUGUAGCUUGCGACGAUAUCAUGAAAAGCAAAGAGUAUAUAACUAACGAAGGUGUCAUAGAAAGCAAAGAGACUGUAGCUAGCGAAGAUGUCAUGGAAAGCAAAGAGACUGUAGCUUGCAAAGAGGAUGUAGAUAGCGACGAUAUCGUGGAAAGCACAGAGACUGUAGCUAGUGAUUUCUUGGAAAGCAAAGAGACUGUCGCUAGCGACGAUAUUAUGGAAAGCAAAGAUGAUGUAGCUAGUGAAGAUGUAAUGGAAACCAAAGAGGAUAUAGCUAGCAGCAAUAUCGUGGAAAGCAAAGAGACUGUAGCUAGCAAUGAUAUCUUGGAAAGCAAAGAGACUGUAGGUAGUGAAGAUGUCAUGGAAAGCAAAGAGACUGUAGCUAGCGAAGAUGCCAUGGAAAACAAAGAGACUGUCGCUGGCGACGAUAUUAUGGAAAGCAAAGAAGAUGUAGCUAGUGAAGAUGUAAUGGAAACCAAAGAGGAUGUAGCAAGCGACGAUAUCGUGAAAAUCAAAGAGGCUAUAGCUAACGACGAUAUCAUGGAAAGAGCUAACGACGAUAUCGUGGAAAGCAAAGAGGAUCUAACUAACAUGGAAAGCAAAGAGAAUGUAGCUAGCGAAGAUGUCACUGAAAGCAAAGAAGAUACAACGAACGAAGAUGUCAUGGAAAGCAAAGAGUAUGUAGCUAUCGACGAUAUGGAAACCAAAGAGGCUGUAGCUAGCGACGAUAUCGUGGAAAGCAAAGAGACUGUAGGUAGCGAAGAUGUCAUGGAAAGCAAAGAGACUGUCGCUGGCGACGAUAUCAUGGAAAGCAAAGAAGAUGUAGCUAGUGAAGAUGUAAUGGAAACCAAAGAGGAUGUAGCUAGCGGUGAUAUCUUGGAAAGCAAAGAGACUGUAGGUAGUGAAGAUGUCAUGGAAAGCAAAGAGACUGUAGCUAGCGGUGAUAUCUUGGAAAGCAAAGAGACUGUAGGUAGUGAAGAUGUCAUGGAAAGCAAAGAGACUGUCGCUGGCGACGAUAUUAUGGAAAGCAAAGAAGAUGUAGCUAGUGAAGAUGUAAUGGAAACCAAAGAGGAUGUAGCAAGCGACGAUAUCGUGAAAAUCAAAGAGGCUAUAGCUAACGACGAUAUCCUGGAAAGCGCUAACGACGAUAUCAUGGAAAGCAAAGAGGAUCUAACUAACAUGGAAAGCAAAGAGAAUGUAGCUAGCGAAGAUGUCACUGAAAGCAAAGAAGAUACAACGAACGAAGAUGUCAUGGAAAGCAAAGAGUAUGUAGCUAUCGACGAUAUGGAAACCAAAGAGGCUGUAGCUAGCGACAAUAUCGUGGAAAGCAAAGAGACUGUAGGUAGCGAAGAUGUCAUGGAAAGCAAAGAGACUGUAGGUAGCGAAGAUGUCAUGGAAAGCAAAGAGACUGUCGCUGGCGACGAUAUCAUGGAAAGCAAAGAGACUAUAGAUAUCAACGAUAUCCUGGAACGCAAAGAGGAUAUUACUAACGAAGAUGUCAUGGAAAGCAAAGAUGAUGUAGCUCGCAAAGAGGAUAUAGCUAGCAGCUAUAUUGUGGAAAGCAAAGAGACUGUAGCUAGCGGUGAUAUCUUGGAAUGCAAAGAGACUGUAUGUAGUGAAGAUGUCAUGGAAAGCAAAGAGACUGUAGCUAGCGAAGAUGUCAUGGAAAGCAAAGAGACUGUCGCUGGCGACGAUAUCAUGGAAAGCAAAGAAGAUGUAGCUAGUGAAGAUGUAAUGGAAACCAAAGAGGAUGUAGCAAGGGACGAUAUCGUUGAAAUCAAAGAGACUAUAGCUAACUACGAUAUCCUGGAAAGCAAAGAGAAUGUAGCUAGCGACGAUGUCAUGGAAAGCAAAGAGGAUAUAACUAACAUGGAAAGCAAAGAGAAUGUAGCUAGCGUAGAUGUCAGUGAAAGCAAAGAGGAUACAACGAACGAAUAUGUCAUGGAAAGCAAAAAGGAUGUAGCUAUCGAUGAUAUCAUGGAAACCAAAGAGGCUGUAGCUAGCGACGAUAUCGUGGAAAGCAAAGAGACUAUAGCUAGCGAUAUCUUGGAAAGCAAAGAGACUGUAGGUAGCGAAGAUGUCAUGGAAAGCAAGGAGACUGUCGCUGGCGACGAUAUCAUGGAAAGCAAAGAAGAUGUAGCUAGUGAAGAUGUAAUGGAAACCAAAGAGGAUGUAGCAAGCGACGAUAUCGUGGAAAUCAAAGAGACUAUAGCUAACGACGAUAUCCUGGAAAGCAAAGAGAAUGUAGCUAGCGACGAUAUCGUGGAAAGCAAAGAGGAUCUAACUAACAUGGAAAGCAAAGAGAAUGUAGCUAGUGAAGAUGUCACUGAAAGCAAAGAGGAUACAACGAACGAAGAUGUUGUGGAAAGCAAAGAGGCUGUAGCUAGCGACGAUAUCCUGGAAAGCAAAGAGAAUGUAGCUAGCGAAGGUGUCACUGUAAGCAAAGAGGCUAUAACUAACAAAGAUGUCAUGGAAAGCAAAGAGGAUGUAGCUAUCGACGAUAUCAUUGAAAUCAAAGAGGCUAUAGCUAGUGACGUUAUCGUGGGAAGCAAAGAGGAUAUAACGAACAUGGAAAGCAAAGAGAAUGUUGCUAGCGAAGAUGUGACUAAAAGCAAAGAGGAUACAACUAACGAAGAUGUCAUGGAAAGCAAAGAGGAUGUAGCUAUUGACGAUAUCAUGGGAACCAAAGAGGAUGUAGCUAGCGACGAUAUCGUGGAAAGCAAAGAGACUGUAGCUAGCGAAGAUGUCAUGGAAAGCAAAGAGACUGUUGAUAGCGAUGAUGUAACGGAAACCAAAGAGACUGUAGAUCGUGACGAUAUUGUGGAAAGCAAACAGUAUAUAAUUAACGAAGAUGUCAUGGAAAGCAAAGAGGAUGUAACUAGCAGCGAUAAGGAAAGCAAAGAGGAUGUAGCUAGCAACGAUGAUAUGCAAAGCAAAGAGGAUAUAACUAACGAAGAUGUCAUGGAAAGCAAAGAGACUGUAACUAGCGAAGAUGUCAUGGAAAGCAAAGAGGAUGUAGCUAGCAGUGAUGUAGCUAGCAGUGAUUUCAUGGAAAGCAAAGAGACGGUAGCUAGCGAAGAUGUCAUGGAAAGCAAAGAGGAUGUAGCUAGCAGUGAUUUCAUGGAAAGCAAAGAGACCGUAGCUAGCGAAGAUGUCAUGGAAAGCAAAGAGGAUGUAGCAAGUGACGAUGUCAUGGAAACUAGAGAGGAUAUUGCUGGCAACAAUCCCAUGAAAAGCAGAGAGUUUAUAACUAACGAAGAUGUCAUGGAAAGCAAAAAGGAUGUAGCUAGUGACGAUAUCGUGGAAAGCAAAGAGACUAUAGCUAGCGAUGAUGUAAUGAAAACCAAAGAUACUGUAGCUAGUGACGAUAUCAUGAAAAGCAAAGAGACUGUAGCUAGCGACGAUAUCAUGAAAAGCAAAGAGGAUGUAGCUAGCGACAAUGUAAUGGAAACCAAAGAGGAUGUAACUAGUGACGAUAUCAUGGAAAGCAAAGAGACUGUAGCUAGCGACGAUAUCAUGAAAAGCAAAGAGGAUGUAGCUAGCGACGAUGUAAUGGAAACCAAAGAGCAUGUAGCUAGCGACAAUAUCGUGGAAAGCAAAGAUACUGUAGCUAGUGAAGAUGUCAUGGAAAGCAAAGAUGCUGUCGCUUGCAAUGUUGUGGAAGUGAUUAAAGCUGUAGCUGGUGAACACUUAGAGAAACAUGAAGAGACUGUAACUAACCAAGGUGAAACCGUGAAGAAAGACUGGGUCCUUACCAGCAUUGGUGUCUACGAGCUGCUCGAUGUACAACAGGCGUCAGAACAAGAGCAUGAAGUACCAGAGGACCAGGUGCAAGAGGUCUGUAGAAUCAGUGUCCGGAAGACUUCCAAAAGUCAUGAUGUGAAAGUCACAGCCCCUAAUAUGUCGGGAAUAGCAGACUAUGCAGAUCAUUCAGAACACAGCACUGAUGAUGAGCAGCAGACUGUGCGCCUACCAGAAAUUGUUGAUGUGAGCCGUCUCAAAAAUACAGAGAGCUUCUUGGUGUACAGAGAGUGCCCGGUGUUAAUAUCGAGCACUGACAGUGUGUACGAGAGUGACGUCGGCGAGCCGCCUGCUGAGGUGGACAGCGUGGAGAGUGAAGUUCCAUUGGACAUCUUUGAAGAGCGAUUCGGGAGUGAGUGCUUUGCGGCAAGCACUAUGGACCGGGGAGAUGUCACUAUACAAGACGUGCCUGAGUGUGAAGGGGACACCUCUUGUGUGACCGUUACUGAGGAUACAUGCGAGACUGAUACGGAUGAAUGUCAUCCUGAGACUGCCGCUCUAGGAGACCCGGGAAAUAAAGCUCCUGACUGCCAGUCAGACGUUCCCAAGAGUUCCCUGGUUGCAGCAUUUCUGCCUGUGACUGAUGACGAGGAUUGUCCUGGAGAGAUGGGAACCGGCCCAGAUCCAUGAAGUUGGUGGCCAUCUGUUCUGCUGGGAAAAAAUAUUCCGCCUUUGCCUCUCUCUCAAAUUAUUUUUAAUUAGCAAAAAGUUGCAGCGUCUUCUAUUUACUGAACCUUCUGUUUUCCUCUUAUUAACCAGAAUGACUAUGUUUCCCAAUCAGUGCACCUUGUGGCUUUUAUUUUGCUUUACAGAAAGACCUGGUCAUGUGAGAGAUACUUGACUAUUGUAUGUGAUGUGUUGUUCAAAAACUUUAUAUAUAUAUAUAUAUAUAUAUAUAUAUAUAUAUAUAUAUAUAUAUAUAAUGUGUGUUACUGAAGGUGUAUUUUUUUCUUUUACACAUAUAUAUAUAUCCAGUGACCACUGUAUAAAUGUGUUUAUUGCUAGUAACAAAAGAAUUGGAUUUACUGCUGUCAGCGUCUACAACAAUGUGAGACAUACCUACAGAUUUGUGUAAUUAGGACAGGCUAACCUUUGCCUGGAUGUUGCCUUAAAGUGAUAUUUGAAGCACUGUACUGCUUUUUUUUUGUUUCGUGUGUAAUGAGACCAAUUGUUAUUUCACUAAAGUUGAGCUAAAUUGUU